CAACAUGACUUCUCUCUCCUUCCCCGACCUAGAUGUCGACGGACCAGCUGGAGGCCUACGUGAACGGCCAGUUUGACGAGCUCCACAGGCUGGUGCGCCUGGAGGAGAAGAGGACCCUGCACCUGGUGGACCUGAAGGAGGCCUUCCUCACCGCCGCCGCCGCCGAGAAGAUCGCCGAGAUCUCCGUCCACACCGAGCGCCUGCAAGAGGAGAUGGCCUGCAUCACCCAGCAGCUGGGGCAGCUCGACCAGGCCGAGAAGCAGCCUGGGGCUGGAGUUGGAGCGGUGGCCCCUGCCGGAGCCCCAGGCCCCGGGCACAGACCCAUGAACGACAUUGAGGCCAGGCCAAGAAUCCCGGAGCCGAGACAAGGCCCUCGUUUGCCUGGCGACUACAGAAGGAACGGACCUGAACCCUCGAUGGACCACGCCCCCUGACCUCGGCUGGCAUCCAAUCACAAACCACCCUCCGUGUGUGGUCCUCCUACGUCUGCUCAUAAUACCGGGAUGGACUUUCCUCUUUUUCAUUCAUCUCUCUCUUUCAUCUCUUCCUCUCUCAUCUCUCUUCUAUCUACUUUUUCUUCUCUCUCUAUAUAUCUUUUUUUCUGUCUCCUCUCUUUCUUUCCUCUUCCCUUCUCUUUUUCCCCUCUCUUUUCUUCAUGUCUGCUGACUUUGGGGUGACCUUCGCUUGCACAGGCUGGUGUGACUAAAUGGAUGGCUAUGACAAUUCUUUUUUUUUUUUUUUACUCCCAAACUUAAAACUUCUUACUAGCAAACUUCUUUUUUAAUUGAAGUGCAUGGGUUUACCAUGCAUCCAUCAAACCAUUACCAUCAGGCUCAAUUAAUUCCACAGCCAAUCAGAUUUUUGGCUAAGGCUCUUGGCUCAGAGAGGAUUCUGGGUAAGAAGCAAUGUGCCUGUACCCCACAGAUGUUAGACACAAAGUCUGAAAUCUUUAGUGUGACACAUCAUGCUGUCCAGUAAUAUGUGGUGUUUUGUUAUGACAAGCAGCCUUGAAAGAGAAAGACAGAGGCACAGAGAGUCAAACUGAAUGUGACAGGUGACAGAAUUCCUCGGGUGUGUGCAGCUGUAAGAUACUAAAAAGGGAAAUGAAUCUCCCUAAAAUGUGCCUUGUUUUAUUGUGGAUUCUCAGCACAGCACAGCACAGCCCUGCUCUCUCUCUCUCUCUCUCUCUCUCUCUCUCCUCUUAUUGUCCUCAACUCUAAAUGUCUUCUGUGCAUGUGUGCAUGCGUGGGCAGACAUGACACGCCUAUGAGAGCAUGUGUUUGCAGCCUCCACCCACCAGACUGGUGUUUUGACACCUCCUGAUGUUGCAGAUCUGCAGAGACCAUGUUAGGUGAAUAUCCCACCUUAUUAUGCUUGUGCCUGAUAGUAGUCCUGCCUCCUCAGCGUUCUCUGUGAUGUCAUGGCUCAUUAGCCCUGGACACACUGCAGUGUUGCACAGUGCACACCGAACCGACCAGGCAACACAGCCCUCCUACUGCCACAGCUCAGUCAGACUUUCUAUCCACACAUUCUCUCCCUUUGUUCUGCCUUAGCUGUCAUCAACGCACUGUCAGAAUAGGGCUGACUUAGGGCUGAUGGCUUUAAUCGUGCAACACGUUUUGAUGAUGACUUAAUGAUUGUGUGCCCCUAUUAUGUCUUUGUAAUUGUCUAUUGUAACUUGCCCUCGGGGCCAAUGUUUUUGCAGUUGACAUAAUAAAAAUGAAAAUGUUUCCUGAAAACAGAUGUCACAACUAUUGCUUUUUAAGCAUUUCUGGGAAGUUGUUUCCGUCUAAAGUCAAUAAACAAAUGAUAUUUCGUACAUGGGA